AUGAGAGCUCAGCCCCUUCAGCAGGUUCCAGGCCCCGCAGCGGCCCUGGCCGACGCCCGCCACGAACUCGGCGAGCACGGCGGUGUGAACAUGUCGAUCGAGGCCUCGGUGACCUUCACGGUCAUGGAUCCCGACGACCUGCGGCGGAUCAACUCCGGCGAGCUUGGCCCCGAGCAGGGACACUACAUCUACAGCCGCCAGAGCAAUCCGACGGUGCACGCCCUCGGCCGCCUCAUGGUCGCUCUCGAGGGCAUCGAGGCCGCCUACUGCACCGCCUCCGGCAUGUCUGCCAUAUCCUCCGUCCUGCUCCAGCUGUGCAGCGCGGGGGACCACGUGGUGGCCUCGCGCACCCUCUACGGCGGGACCCACGCGCUCCUCGGCGAGUUCCUGCCACGCGCGUGCGGGCUGCAGGUGUCGUGCGUGGACGUCAGGGACCACGAGAUGGUGCGGCGGGAGAUGGUGGCGGGAAGGACCAAGGUGCUGUACUUCGAGGCCAUGUCCAACCCGGCGCUGACGGUGGCUAACGUGCCCGAGCUAUGCAGGAUAGCGCACGAUAAGGGGGUCGCGGUGGUUGUAGACAACACUUUUGCCCCCAUGGUGAUCUCCGUCGGGAGGCUCGGUGCUGACGUCGUCGUUCACAGUAUCUCUAAGUUAAUCAGCGGUGGCGCAGAUAUACUUGCAGCAACGUACCCACUAAAUGCUGCUUUAAUAGCGGCCCUUGGAUCUAUCUUCAAUCCAACGGCUGAGAAUGUGUUUUCUCAUCAGCUUAACCCUUUUAAUUCUGGCCGCUGGUUUCGACUACAAUUCAACGGCUCUGCUCGACCUGUUCUUUCAACUUCGCCCCUUUUGAUUUUGACUGUUGAUUUCGAUCACGAUCCAACGACCAGGAUAUUCACACGUAAAACAAGGCCUAGGUUUUUCGGUGAGGAUAUGACCCUUCCUUCAUCUUCUUCGACCUCUGGGCCUCUGUUCACUCUUUCUACCCCCUCCUCAGAGCUGGCUCGACGACGGUGGUUGGCCAUACCGGCGGACGUGAUGACGGCGGCGGAUGACUGUGACUUGGGAGACUGUUGUCAGCGGCUGCCGUGGUGGUCAGCGGAGGCAUAG